CUCUUGACAUUUUUGCUUGUAGUCACGUUUAAGAAUGAGCACACUGGUCAGACUUCCGAAGUCCGCAUGCCAGUACACUGCCAAUGUGGUGACAGUGGUCAGGGAUUUUGCAGCUUCUCCCUGCAAACAGACUGAGAGAGUCUGCAUGAGACUCUGAGAACUCCAACUUCAAGACGGCGGUGUAGAGGGCUGGGCGCAUUGGGGCGCAUUCGGCUGCAGCGCCUCAGCUUGCCCUUCUGAGAUGGGGCAGUCGCACGAAGGAUGCUUUGUAUGUUGACGAUGGGCUAAAGAGAAGCACGCGGCAUGCGGCGGAGACCAUGCGCUAAGACGUUUGUGAAGCUCUCCACGAGCUGUGGUGGUACGGCUGAAUACCAAACGAACAGUCUCUCUGUAUCCGGCAAGCUGCUUGAACUUUACCUUAGGAAUCACAAAGUUUGGAGGGGGGGGCUUCAUCGUCAAAAACAUGGCGAGCAUGGAACUGUACCGCAGGAGUACUCUGGGGACCUGCCUGGAGGCCACUCUCGAUGAGCUCGUCAAUCAAGCAGCCAUGACGCCUCUCCUGGCCGUGAAAACCCUGAUGCAUUUUGACAAGGCCUUUGAAGAUGCUUUGAGGGACAGGGUGACAACAAAAGCGACCAUCAAGGGGCAUCUUCAUACCUAUCGAUAUUGUGACCAGGUAUGGACGUUUGUUGUAGAAAAUGCAGUUGUGAAGACUGAUAACCAGGAAGAGCAUGUCGAUAAGUUGAAAAUCGUGGCCAUAGAUGCAAAAUUUGGUCAGCUUGCUUCGCGGUAGGUUAUCUUGAGCUCUAAAUACAAGCGGCAGAAAGGCAAUAUGAUUUGCAUAGAGUUUGUGAAAGGGCACCAUCGGCACAACUCUUGGGCAGAACCUCUUCAGUGAUUUCCUGGAUUACUACGUUGGGGAGAUAUGGAUCUGUAAGUAGACCUGUGAAUGCCAAUUCAGUUGGCCUUUCAGAUCGUUCCCAGAUCUGGAAUCUUAGAGGUUCAAGUUCUGGUGUACUUUAAUUGGGUAUUAGAUGCAAGCUGUUUUCGUCCAUGUUUUACUGGAUAACUUUGUGAUCAUGGAAGGGAAAUCAAGGAUGUGG